GAGUAUCUAGCUCAGCCCAGCGUCUCUAGUAAUGAGAAGAUGUGUCGGCGUCUCCAGAGGGAGCUGCUACUGGCCCACUGCAACCUGCUGAGAAUCACACUGUCGGAGAGCAGCAUGCAGCCCAGCCUCGCUGCCCUCAGAGGAUUUGACGAAGCUAUGCAGACACUGAGCAGCGUUGCUUGUCGCCACUCAGACGAUCUUUGUGAGGUGUUUGUGGAGAUGAGAGGUCACCUUUACAUGCAUGCUGCCACUCUGCUGUUGAAGCUGGCUCAGGAUCGCCAACACACGUGGAGGGCCGUCAUUGACCUGGCUGCACUGUGCUACCUGCUGGCGUACCAGGUCCCCAGACCAAAGGCUAAAGUGACCAAAAGAGACCAGUCAGCCCCACAGCUUCUGGAGCUGCUGGCCAAUGACCGACAGAGUCAGGCCGGCCACAUGUUGCUCAAUCUGAGCACGGAUUCAACCACCUUGAUCAGAGAGGUGGUGGAGGCGUUUGGGAACCGUAGCGGUCAGGAUUCUCUGUUUGAACUCCUGUUUGGACCACAAGCCUCCACUGGAUCUUCCUUUAUUGCCAACGAUGACAUUCGUUCCAUUACGACCACGGCUCCAGAGCUCUCUCAGCUGGCCAAAUGGGAUGCUGGCUCCAUCCUGCGGCACGGUGGUGACUUACAACACCUAAGCUGGCUGGGACUGCAGUGGACCCUUCUGGCCCAAAGACCGGCCCUGCGGGACUGGCUGCAGCAGCUCUUUCCCAGGCUUACUCUGGAAACCUCCAAACUGGACACCAACGCACCAGAGUCCAUCUGCCUGCUGGACCUGGAGGUGUUUUUAUGCGGGGUGGUGUUCUGUAGCCACUGUCAGCUCCAGGAGACGGCGAAGAUCAGCAGUGGAGCGAACCAGCAGCAGCAACAGCAGCUCUAUGAGCCUCGCUGCCUCCCUGUUCCCCUCCUCCGCCUCCUGACCACUGACAGGCAGAGAGAGUGGUGGGACGCCAUCUACAGCCUCAUUCACAAACAGGCAGCUCCUGGCAUGUCAGCCAAACUGCGGAUGAUUGUGCAGCAUGGACUGAAUACUCUGAGGGCUGGAGAGAAAAAUGGACUCCAACCAGCGCUGGCCAUCCACUGGGCUCAGUGUCUCAGCCAGACGGGUGAUGGAGUGAACUCGUACUACGACCAGAAGGAGUACAUCGGCCGCAGUGUCCACUACUGGAAAUUUGUACAUCCACUGUUGGAAAAGAUCAGAAACAGACGCAGUAUACCAGAACCACUUGAUCCCCUCUUCAUGCACUUUCACUCCAAAGAUAUUCAGAUUUCUUCUGUUAGGGGUUAUGAGGAGGAAGCCCAGAUAGCAUAUGCGGUUCUUCUCGACAUCGAAGGCAAGACGGAGGAAGCCAUCGCUGCCCUGGAAACCAUCAAUAACAUGUCAUCCAUCUGGCACCUGGCACAGAUCUACCAGCGGUUAUCGGAGGACGCCAGCAACGGGGUGGAGGAGACCCAAGACAGAUGCAUCACUUUUCUGAGAAAGUUCAGGACGUACUUGUCAAAGAUCUAUAACGCCAAUGCCGAUGACAUUGAGAAGCUGCCUGUUUCCAUGGAGGAAGUUGUGGACCUUCUGAAUGAUGUGAACCAGCAGCUGGGGGAGAGUGGGGAGGCCAUGGAUGAGGAGGAAGAGAAGGAGGAUGAGGUUCGAAGAGGGCCGGCCCACUCCAGCCCUGCUCAUCUCACAGAAACCUCUGCUACCAUAUCCCACAUAAAGUUUUCCACUCCCUCUCCGAACAAAAGCAUCGUCUCUCCUUCCAAAAGACACCUGAUUUCUCCCAAGACACCACCUCACUGGGUGGAGGACCAGAAAAGUCUCCUCCAAAUGCUGUGUCAGCAAGUUGAAGCCCUCAAGAAUGAGGUCCAUGAUCUGAGACACAACUCUUCAGGGAACGCUGGCUCCCCUCAUCACAAAAUGUAUGGCGAGAGCUACGGGGCUGAGGGCCUACAGGAGCCUUUCACCCCGGUCCAGUCCUACCACGGGGCCCCCCUAACAGUUGCCACUACGGGCCCCUCUGUGUACUACAAUCAGUCUCCAGCUUAUAACUCUCAGUAUCUCCUGCGUACAGCAGCAAAUGUAACCCCGACCAAGGGCCCAAUGUAUGGUAUGAACCGUAUGCCCCCUCAGCAGCAUAUGUAUGCCUACCAGCAGCCCACUCAUACGCCUCCAUUGCAAACACCUUCAGCCUGCAUUUACCCUCCUCAAGAACAGGUGCCCUUUGGUGCUCCUCUUAGAUUUGAAUCACCAGCCACGAGCCUUCUUUCCCCAUAUAGUGAGGAAUACUAUGGCCAAAGUGUAACCCCACAAGCCCCUAACCCUCCCCUGCCUGAACCUGGAUACUUUACCAAACCAUCUGUGGUUCCCGUUCAGCCACCGAAGAGCAUUGAGGGGAAGCCGAUGGACUUUGGGAAGCUCUCCUUCAGCCAGCAGGCACCCGCUGAAGUCCCCAAAGUGCCUAGUUUUGGAGCAGCUGCAGUUGCUCAGUCAACGCCCUCAGCUGCUUUUAAAUUCACCUCCAACUUCAAAUCCAACGACGGAGAUUUCACUUUCUCGGCUUCCCAGGCCAAGCACAGUGAAAGUCUGCUCGGUCUUCUCACGUCAGACAUUCCCACUAAAACAGAUACAACUCCAGAGAAGCAUGCAGGACAGGAGCACCCCCCCAGCCAAACUGGUAUCUUCACCUUUGGCAAUAAAAAUGUUACUGGCUUGUUUGGAAAAGUGGAGCAGCCAUUUAAAUUUGGGGAUAUCACCGCGAUGGGUCCUAAGCCUGCAUUAGAAGAGGAAAGAGCACCAGAGAGUGACAAUGACAGCACUCAUGUUGAGGAAGAUGAGGAUGGUCCUCACUUUGAACCCAUUGUACCACUUCCUGAUAAAGUAGAUGUGAAAACAGGAGAAGAGGAGGAGGAGGAAAUGUUUUGCAACAGGGCGAAGCUGUAUCGAUUUGACACAGAGACAAAAGAGUGGAAGGAGCGGGGCAUUGGUAAUGUUAAAAUCCUAAUGCACAGCACUAAAGGGAAGGUCCGCCUCUUGAUGAGAAGGGAACAGGUCCUUAAGAUCUGUGCAAACCACUACAUCAAUGCCGAUAUGCUGCUUAAACCGAAUGCUGGCUCCGACAAAUCCUGGGUCUGGAAUGCCAUUGACUAUGCGGACGAAGAGCCCAAGCCCGAGCAGCUGGCAAUCCGCUUCAAAACAGUAGACGAGGCUUCACUUUUCAAAGCAAAGUUUGAGGAAGCCCAGAAAAUUGUGCUCAAAUCACCAGAAAAGCGCGAUCAACAGAAGAAAGACGAAACCCCAAAAGCUUCUGAAUCACUGGCAGCCCAGUUUGCUCUUAAAGACGGGGAAUGGGAGUGCGAUGUAUGCUGUGUAAGAAAUAAACCCACGAAUACGCGAUGUGCCGCUUGUCAAACUGCCAAUCCCAAUUGUUCAUCCAAGCCGGACGUUCCGGCUGCCGGUGAAACCAAAACCAGUCCCUUUACUUUCAAAUUUGGGACUGAUUCAUCAAAACCCAGUAGUUCUGGCUCUCCGUUUUCUGGAUUUGGUAAUUUUGGAGCUUCUAUACCUUCAUCUUUUACAUUCGGCACCUCAAAACCUGCUGACACAGCACCUAGUGCGUUUAACUCUGACUUUGUGGCUGGGUUUGGCAAGAAACCAGGACAGUGGGACUGUGACAGAUGUUCUAAAAGAAAUGAGGCCUCUGAAGACAGUUGUGUUUCUUGUAAAACUCUUAAACCAUCACUUAAAACGCCUUCUACACCUGCUGUUGUCUCUGGGCUUGCCCAGUUUAUUAAGAAGCCCGGGCAGUGGGACUGUGAUGUAUGUGAAGUAAGAAAUGAAGCCUCUGCUGAUAAAUGUGUCUCCUGUGGAACCCCCAACCCUGCUGCUAAGUCAACAGUGGGGGCUCCGAUAGCUUCAAAUCUGCCAGCAGUUCCAGGAUUUGUGGCUGAUUUUGUAAAAAAGGAUGAGAUGUGGGACUGCAAUGCCUGUCUAGUUAGAAAUGAUGCAUCGGCUACUGAAUGCGUUUCCUGCCACACCCCACAUGACACUCCUUCUUUAGAAGCUAAGUUUGCCAAGAAGGAUGGAGAAUGGGAUUGUGACACUUGUCUGGUGAGAAACAAUUCCUCUGCCAGUAAGUGUUUGGCCUGUCAGACACCAAAUCCAAAUGCUCCAAGCACAACCAGCACUGCUCCCUCUGCCUCCACAUUCAGCUUUUCCUUUGGAACCAAGAGUUCAUCAAGCCAGCCUGCUGGAACUGGGUUUACAAUGCCUUUUGAAAGUGGCAGCACUUUUCAGUUUGGACAAAGCAAAGAUAAAGUCUCAGCUGCUUCUUUCAAGUUUGAAGUUCCCCAGUCUUCAUCUAGUACCACAAGUUCUUCAGCGUUUUCUUUCUCAAUGCCCAUUCCAGCUGGUGGCUUCAAGUUUGGUGUUCAGGACCCUGCAAAAGAAACCCCCUCGACUGUUAAUCCAACACCUGCGUCGGGGUCAGCCUCCAGUUUUCUUCAAAGCAUAGCUCAUAAACACAAGGAAAAAGAAAAUGUGCCUACACCCUUAGUGGACCAAACAGAAGAAGAGGAAAAUCCCUUAAUUGCUGGUAAAACCAAUACAUUCAGCUUUGCAGACUUGGCACAGUCCUCUGAAGGAGAAUUCCAGUUUGGCUGUGCCGACCCAAAUUUCAAAGGUUUCUCUGGGGCUGGUAAACAGCUGUUUGCAUCAAUGCAGGCGACCCCCACCAAGACCGAUGCCUCAAAUGAGCUGGAAGACGACGACAUGUAUAAAACUGAGGAAAAUGACGAUAUCCAGUUUGAACCAGUGGUCCAGAUGCCUGAUAAGGUGGACCUGGUGACGGGGGAGGAGGAUGAACAGGUUCUUUAUUCUCAGCGUGUCAAACUGUUCAGAUUUGACUCCAACACCAGUCAGUGGAAAGAGCGUGGCGUAGGAGUCCUUAAGUUCCUGAAGAACGCCACUAAUGGCCGACUAAGGGUACUGAUGAGGAGGGAGCAAGUUCUGAAGGUGUGUGCCAACCACUGGAUCACCACCACCAUGAACCUGAAGCCCCUGGCAGGCUCAGACAAAGCAUGGAUUUGGUUGGCCAAUGACUUCUCUGAUGGAGAUGCUAAACUUGAACAGUUGGCUGCAAAGUUUAAGAGCCCAGAACUUGCUGAUGAGUUUAAGCAGAAAUUUGAAGAGUGUCAAAGACUUCUCUUGGAUAUCCCGCUACAAACCCCCCACAAGCUUGUUGACACGGGCAGAACAGCGCACCUCAUUCAGAAAGCAGAGGAAAUGAAGUCUGGGUUGAAAGACCUGAAAUUCUUUUUGACCGAUGAGAAAACCAAGAUCAAAGAUGACGACAACCAGGGAGACGUGACAGCAUCGAGCAACAUUUCAGGCCUCGUGAUCAAGCCUCACGGUGAAACCACCGGCCCCACCUUGGAGUGGGAUAACUACGACCUAAGAGAAGAGGCUUUAGACGAUACUGUCGACUCGUCAGUCUAUGCCUCUCCCAUCGCCAGCAGCCCCCUGAGAAAGAACCUCUUCCGCUUUGGAGAAUCCACUGGUGGGUUCAGCUUCAGCUUCCAACCUGGCAUCAGCCCCUCAAAGUCUCCGGCUAAGCUUAACCAGAGCAGAGCCUCGGUGGGUACCGAUGACGAGCAGGAUGUAACUCAGGACGAGGAGAGAGAUGGCCAGUACUUUGAGCCUGUCGUCCCUUUGCCUGACCUGGUGGAGAUUUCUACAGGAGAGGAGAACGAACUGGUGGUCUUCAGUCACAGGGCCAAGCUGUAUCGAUAUGAUAAGGAACUGGGUCAGUGGAAGGAAAGGGGUAUCGGAGACCUCAAGAUCUUGCAGAAUUACGACUCCAAGCGAGUGAGGUUGAUAAUGAGGAGAGACCAGGUUCUUAAGAUCUGUGCCAACCACUGGGUCACAUCAGCCAUGAAGCUGGAACCCAUGAAGGGCGCAGAGAAGGCCUGGGUCUGGAGUGCCGUGGACUUUGCUGAAAUAGGAGAGGGUAAUAUUGAGCAGCUUGCUGUGAGAUUCAAGCUUCAGGAAACCGCCAACACAUUCAAACAGGUCUUUGAGGAGGCGAAGGUUGCGCAAGAAACGAAAGAACUCAUGACUCCGGUGACAUCGAGAGUCGCCACACCUCAAGACAGCGGACCCACGGGAUCUGCUCAGACUACUCCAACUGUGUGCGGGAAGGCAGCCAUCGCUGUUCUAGAGGAGACCACAAAGGAACGUACAGAGCUUUCCCCCGAGAGUCAGACGUGUGCAGCCGGGUCUCCGAGUCCAGUCAACCCCUCCAAGAUAGUGGUCUCACCCCCUAAGUUUGUCUUUGGCUCCGAUAGCCUCCAGAGGUUCUUUGGCUCUCCUAAAUCUGAGGAAUCUGCAUCCAGUUUGAAAGCCAAAGAUUCUGGAUAUCCUGCCAGUACUUCACCUGCAGUACCUGCAUUCAAAAUCCCAGAGAAAGGGCUGGAUUUUAGGCUUUUCAAAGAUAACCCAAUGGCUUUUUGGACCAGCACAUCAACCACCCAAUUUGAACCCCCAGGGCCACCUCAGGCAGAAGGAGGCGGUGCGUGGUCGGAGGACGACUCGGAGGUGGAGGUUGUGUAUGUCCGUGAACCCACGGCUGAACAGGCGGCUUUAGCCAGGAAGCUCUUGCUGCCUCUCACCUUCUUCUGCUAUCAGAAUGAGCCAGGCUACACCAGCGACGGUGAAACUGAUGACGAGGACUUCGAGUCAGCAGUAAAAGCCUUGAAUGGAAAACUCUACGCUGAUCCUGCUGAGAAGAAGGCUGCAGCGUGUGGGGACGAGUCAGACUGCCAGUUGGUUUGGGAGAAGAAGCCGACACCGGAGGAGGAAGAGAAGGCCAAAAGCCUCCAGCUUCCACCCACCUUCUUCUGCGGCCUGAGCAUCACAGACAGCGACCCCGACCCCGACCACGACAAGCCCGAAGACUUUGAGACGGAAGUCCGCAAGGCACAGCGAGACCUGGAUGCGGAGUUAAACCAAGUUGAAAAGGCUCCCAGCAGCCCCGCGGUGGCCCUAGAAGAAGAGCCGACGGCGAGCCCGUCAUCCAGCGUCGGCGCAGAAGCUGCGGUCGGCACGUCGACACCCGGAGAGCAGACCUCGAGAGACUCAGAGUCCUCCCUGCUCCUCCUCCUGCAGUCCUCCUGCCAGCUCCUCCUCCUGCCUGCCUCGCUGCUCCUCCAGAAACAAUCAUUGCAGCUCCUCCGCUGCUUCUUAAUCCUCUUCGGCCCUCCCCUUCAUUGCAAGUCCCUCCCUGCUGGCUCCUCCUCUGCUGCAGCUCUCCUUGCAGAUCCUCCUGCUGCUGCUACAACCAUGAGUCAAGCAGAGCUCUCCAACUUUGGCUUCAACACACUGGGAGGCUUCUCUUUUGCUGACUUGGCCCAAAACACAGAAGGAUUUGCGUUUGGAGCUCAAGACUCCAACUUUGCGUGGGCAAAUGCUGGAGCAACGGUGUUUGGGUCCGCGGUGACCUCGGCUCCGAAGAACAACGGCAAUGAGGAGGGCAGCGAUGAAGAGGACGCUUCUAACAAUGUGGACAUUCACUUUGAGCCAAUAGUGUCGCUGCCAGAGGUGGAGACAAAGUCCGGAGAGGAGGACGAGGAAAUCCUGUUCAAGGAGCGUGCCAAGCUCUACCGAUGGGACCGAGACCUCGGCCAGUGGAAGGAGCGCGGCAUCGGUGACCUCAAGAUCCUCUUCCACCCAACCAAACAUUUCUACCGAAUCCUGAUGAGAAGAGAGCAGGUGCUGAGGGUUUGUGCCAACCACACCAUCUCUCAGGCGAUGGAACUCAAACCCAUGAACGCCUCAGCCAACGCGCUGAUCUGGAUCGCCACCGACUACUCAGACGGCGACGGCAUAGUGGAGCAGCUGGCGGCCAAGUUCAAAACCCCCGAGAUAGCCGAAUCCUUCAAGAAGACCUUUUGCGCCUGUCAGAGCCGCAUGGGCCAAACUGACGUCGACGCCUCGUUUAUCUCCUCGCCGCAGAUGUCCCGAGUUCAGGAGCACUCCAGAGACACUAACCCGCGGGUUUUCCUCAAAGUGGCAGCCGACGGCGAGACGCUCGGCACCAUCACCAUAGAGCUUUUCUACCACAUUGUCCCCAAGACGGCGGAAAACUUCAGGGCUCUCUGCACCAAUGAGAGAGGCUUCGGGUUUCGGGACUCCGUCUUCCACAGGGUCAUACCGUCCUUCAUGUGUCAGGGUGGCGACAUCACCAAAAGCGACGGCACGGGAGGCAAGUCCAUCUACGGCAGCAAGUUCGAGGACGAGAACUUCGACGUUCGGCACACCGGCCCGGGCAUUCUGUCGAUGGCCAAUCGCGGGCGGGACACCAACAACUCGCAGUUCUUCAUCACCCUGAAGAAAGCCGAACACCUGGACUUCAAACACGUGGCUUUCGGCUGGGUUCGGGACGGCAUGGACGUGGUGCAGCAGAUGGAAGAGUUCGGCACAAAGACGGGGACGCCCACGAAGAAGCUGGUCGUCACAGACUGUGGACAGCUGUAGCUUCUUUCUUUUUAAAUGUUAAGAUCAAGAUUUACAGCUUGGGUUAGGUUAUAAAGUUAAAGACUUUGGAUAAUGAUGUGUUUCCUGUGCAGUGCGUAACACUCCUGAUUUAAAAACCAUCGUCGCCGUGAGAAUGAAACGCCGAUCACAGGAACUACUGAUGGAGACACGUCGUCGUAGAAACCUUGGGUCCAGUAUCCUGAAGUUGUUUUUCUAUCCUAUAACGUAGUCCCAGAGUGGGGGAACGAGGUUUAAUACGUGGGAGGAGGCAAAACAUUUUGCUCUGUUGCACUUGCAUCUUUAUCAUCGUCCGUCAAUAAAUUGUCCUCAUGUUUAUUUCGUGUGUAUAAUUGUACAUGGACUACUUUUUUAAAUGUCUAUUUUUGGUGUUUUUUGUCUUGCAUGUGCUCAAUUUAAAUUGUGCUGGUCCUCUUCACAAGCUCCACUCGGGUAUUUUUUCCCCUUUUUGUUUUUGUUUUGAAGAAGUCUUAACUAUAAUUGAAAGGUGAGGUUGUUAUUUGAAUGCACUUGUUGGUUUAUAACCCCUGCCUUCUCUCCAAAUGCUGCCUCUGUGUACUUUGUACUGUAGGGCUCCCCCUCCCCACCACCACCCCCCCCAGUGAUUUGUCUUUGUGUAAGUGGAUUUCACAAUGUGCAGAUAAUUGGACUUCAUACACUUGAGUCGUCUCACUGUGUUGCCCUGUGGACGGAGGGGACGUUACAUCUGGUUUGGAUUUUACAAAAGCGAUCCAUUAUAGUUUGAGAUUAUCACCAAUGGUGCUUAUUGUACCAAAAUAAUAUGCUGAUAAAUGAGAAAUAAAAUGGCUUUACAAGUA